GUCUGCACAGUCCUGGAUGCAAUAGAAAAAAAAUUCCCCGAGAACUGGAGAUUCACGCACAAUAUGAAUGCCUGUUGCCAGGAACGUUGCAAAAGCGCUAGGAAGCAGCCGAGUAAUUGAGGACCGCAGGCGGAAGUUAUCACGGGACCUUGUCACGGCCAAUGAUGAGGCCAAUGUCGAGGUUCGCGUUGGUGAUAGGUCUCGAAAUCAGACGCGAUGCUUAAUCCGCAGGGUCGCUGCGCCCUGAAUUGAUUUGCUGUGUCGGGAAGGGUCUUUGGG